AGCGCCUCCUUCGCGCCCUCACGGCCCACGCACGACGACCCCGGCUCAGCCCGCGCACCCCCUGCCCUAGGCGCCCGCCGCUCAAAGCGCGCUCUAUCAGCCACGAGGUCUUACGCCUCAUGUUCGUUUUCGCCUGAUCUGCUUCCUUUCCCUUAGACGCUCAUAAUCUUCGCCGCUCAUGAGCUAUCCUACGAACAUCGGCCCCGCCCCCUGGCAGCAGUACACUCCCUACCAGGGGAACAGCUACCAGGUCCCUCCCUACGCCCAGCCUCAGAACAAUCCCCCGCCCUUCAUCCCCCGAGCUUACCCUCAGCGUACGGCGGGCGCUGGGGGUGCCACGAACGGGUACUACUCCUACGGACAAGGCCAGGCGACACCGAACUAUGGACAUCAUGUGCCUAUACAGGACAGCUUGAACCCGCCUGACCUAGACUCGCGUCCCAAGAAGUUCGAACCGCGGCAUCGCAAGAACUCGUCUGCGCCCAAGUCUGCGAUGAAGCGUUCAGCGACAGCUACUGCCGCGAUCCCUGUUCCCGAUGCAGGGAAGGAGCCAUUUCCCUCAUUUGCGCACGCCGGCGGUCACACACCGCAGGAGGGGGCGAACGGGAACCUGCAUCGUCAUCAUAGCACGCCGGAGGGGACGACCAACACCUUGCACCGGCAGCGCACGCACUCCAAUCCGAACAAGCCCGUGGAUUUGGGUCAGCCGUACGCGCAGGGAUCAUCGGGCGACACGCCAGCUUACUACAUGUUCGUCUCCUUCAGCGAUUACGACAUCUUACGCCUCGAAAACGUGCCGGACCCCGCACUCAAGGAGAUCUCAAGCGUCCUGCCUAGGAUGUGGUUGGAUGGCAUCGAGUACUCGGACAUGCCAUCGGACUAUACCUGGCGAGCCAAGCUUCGCAAUCAGCCGUUCCGCGUCCGCAAAAACGCCAUCGUGAACUGUGCAAAGCUUAUCGUCGAUCUAUUCAGGCUACCUAUGCCUACAGACGCUAGACCUCUCAAGUGCUGCUCCUCGUCUAGUCUUCCAAAUCGCCCCCGUCAUCGAGAACCCGAUAUUCUUCAUCGGUUUCUUUUCCAAGAAGCAGACCCAAUUCACGCUAGUACGACCGCCACAGGCUGUUGACAAGUUUCUUGGUCGGCGAUUGAAAGAGCGACUGGAGAAGGGUGCCAUCGCCAGUGACCAAGAACAAAAUGAGACGCUCCGAAUAAUCGAGCUGAAUAGAAACUCGAGCAGGCCAGUCGAGCCUUGCCUCUUCAUGAUGCACGUCCUUUCGGCGCUUAACGAGAUCUUCUAUAAUCUGGACGCGACAAUUCCACUACGAGACGAUCGCCUCCACCAUCCGAACCACAAAAAGGAGAUAUUGGUCUUCCGUUACGAUCACGAAACCGCCGCCAAUAUGGCUGGCAUUCACCAACAAGC